AAAUUCUCAUGUGGAUGUCAGAGCUACAUACCAGAGUCUUAGCCUUCCAAAUGUCAACAAACUGAACAUCAUCGCUGUUAGUUUGGGUGCACUUCUGACACAAAUCACGCCUCAGAGCGACAACUCAUGCAGCAGUACACAGGCCACAGCUCUCUCCCUAUACAGGGCAGGACCAGCAAAAAAAGGAGAACUCCAGCACCACGGACGACAGUUCAAACUGGAGCAGAGAUCGAAUGUAGACUGGAACCAUGGCAAGGCCGUCGGUGGUGUGCACAUUUUUCGUCAGCUGAUGACUUGUCCAGGGAGGUGGCAAGCCAAGUUGACAACCAAGCAGCUAGCGCCCUUCAAUUUGUCGGAAGGAACCAGAACUGAGUCCAGUCAACUGGUUUGGACUGGAACAAUGACGGAGGCUCCCUCUGGUCUGGACCCUGGACUGCUACAGUUUACUCGGGUAUUUUGUUUUCUCGGAAGUUGGAACAAGAAGAAUGUGCCUCGUGAGGCCGGCCUUCCUGCCUGCCUGGCGCCUGCCUUGCUGCGAGCCUGCGACCAAGAUCAGAGCUCCACGUCUCCGUCGCGCCGGGCCAAAGCCGUGCAGCACGCGACGACGAAAUUCAGGGCACAUCGCGUAGGCAGUAGUAGGACCGAGAGAGUUGUGCAAGACUAGCCAGUAUGAUCUGUCUCUUGAUCGAAGUGUAACUGGCUAGUUGCGGUUGCCUACUACUACAUGCUUGACCUAGCUGGAUAAUUGAUUGGUACUAGGAAUUUAUAGUCAAAUCUUAUGUACACAGGCAUGGUCAAAACGCCACACGAUUUUGGCCUAUACCAUGGUCUACUCUUCACCUGUAGCUGUAGGCAGGGUACCUGCCGUCCGGAAGUGGUCUAACAGUUUUCUGAUAGAAUCUGCCGUGCAGCCCUGGAACUCUGGGAACUUUGCGAUGGAGGAUUAAACGACCCGGCCUCUAGAGCGCCUUCGUGGAAAUGGCGCCGGUACUGAAAUUUGACCUGGAGAAACACCCCCAAGG